UCUGCGUGCACAUUCGUGAAAUUUUUACGAACAUAUAAUUAUUUUAUUUCAUUGGAAGUAAUUAACGAUCAAUCGUAAUGAAAUAUAUAUCUGUUAGUUUAAUAUUGUCUUUAAUUUUUGCUGUAUAUGUUGUCAAUACUAUUUGGACAUUAGCUGAAAUUUUCAUACCGCCAGAAUGUAGUCGUGGCGAGAGAUGUUUUUCAUCUUAUUUAGCUUCAAAACCUGUGCAGCAUCUAGUUUUGUAUACUUCUAUAAAGGAACGUCCGCAUCUAGAAGGUUCAACAGCGGAUAGUGUUUCAAAAGUACAUACUUCUCUCAAGUUUGACUAUUUAAAUCCGGCGACUUUCGAUAUAAAGUUGAAAGUGCCACGGAAGACCCGCAAUAAUGGGACAUUGUUCAUGCAUGCUGUUUUGUUGGAUGACAGUCGCUUGUACAGAGAGUUUGACGAGAUUAUUCGUACCGAGUCUAUACAUACACUCCCCUUAGUAACACAUACGGAGCCACAAGCAGCAACUUUCAAUCUUCUACAGCAAAAUAACGAAGAACAAAAAGUGCCAGAAAAGAAAUCGGUUCGUCCAUAUGCUCAUAUAACCACUGUGGCUCCACUGUCAAUUCUAACCGAUGAUCUCAAGUUGCCUAGUAAUAAAAUACCUGGGGAGUUGUAUCCUUAUAUUAGGUAAUAUGUUUUUAGGUAUCUUAUUUACAUAUUACUG